CAGCUGGCCUUGGAUCCGGCUAUCCGUGUGUCAUCUAUCUCUUGACUGACUGUCAUCAACUCUGCUUCUACAACUACAAACCCAAUACACAACCACACAAAGCAUUCGCAAGCAGGUCUUCACAAUGCACGCCAAUACUUUUGCCAUCCUCUCAUCGGUCCUCUUCCUCGCAUUGUCGCCAUGCGCAGCCCGCGUUGUACCUCCCCAACCUCCACGCAUCCUCCCUCGCGAUGACGCACAGUCAUUAUUAUCGACAUCCGCUACAUCUCUAGCCGAUAAAUGCACCUUCACUCUUCUCCACAAGCAACUUAUCACCGCUGCUAAACCAAAAUCGGCAAGCAAGGGCAAGAUCAACUACAUCCAAAUCGACAGUUUGGAGGAUCAUACCAAUGGGCUUACCAUCGACGUCGCCUCUUCAAGACCACGGGCUGAGCGCAACUCGUACACAAAAAUCUCUGCGAAGCAAGUACUCACCAUUGCGGGGUUGUUGGAUGACACUAGCCUGACCAUUCACGGUACUGAUGGGGAUGAUGCGCUGAUCUUCGAGUCUGAUGGCGUGAGCUGGGCGACAGAGGGCGGAAGUAAGAGACUGAGGCCUGACGCCUGGUGCAACUCAGGCAUGUGGGUCGAGAGUGGGAGGGGAAGUAGGGAAAGAACAAUGGAGUGCGCGUUUCCCUGCGCCAGGAUUGAAGAGGACGGAGAGGACGAGAGAGAAGAGCUGCGGUAGAUGACGUAGACGUAACAUCCCGGAUCAAAGUGUGGGCUUCCGCGAGAUUUCCUUUGUACAUUAUACAUUCUCCAACCCCUUGAUACCCAUCAAUAAGAACAGCAAUCACAGCAGGCAUCUGUGGAAAAACCGUAGGAACUUCAUGACCUGAGCAAGUAAUUGUUCGAUUCUCUAUUCAAAGUGCUCUAUAUUUGGACAUCUACCAAUAACGAAGUUACCACACAAAUCACUCCACCUAAAUGACCAUUUCCGUGUCGCCGUCUAUUCUUGACCCAACACUUUCCACCUUCUUUCUAUCUGUUUCCAAAGGUCCAAGGAUCUCUGGC